AUGAGCUGUGCUGCGGACCGCGCACGUGCAUCGGGACUGGUGUUCUUCCCAUCGGUCUGGGGUAUUUCAAAGACCCCUAAUUUACUUGGGUACAGUACUUUCUUCCCAAAAGCACUCACAACAACCAGCAUCGCCUCACCGGCUAUAGUAGAUAUCUACCAUCAAGCUUUCUUGGAUCAUACACACAAGGCAUCGCCAACAAUGAGUUCUCAACCGCCCACCUCCGUCGCGGAGCUUCUCGCAGACCGCACAACAGUGCUCUCAUUCUCACUCGUCCUCGCCCUCAUCGUCUCCGCCUACGUCCUCUCCCUCGCCACACUGCGCCGCGGCACCUCCUGCGCGCUGCGAUUCCUCUUCAUCUGGCACGCCUUCGAUGCCCUGAUCCACUUCAUCUUCGAAGGCUCCUUCCUUUACAACGCGCUCUUCACGUACGUCUCCCUGCCGUCGUUCGCCACGGCUGCGCCGAACUGGCUGGGCUACACGGACCGUCUCUAUGGCUCGAACUUCGGCGGCCCAGAGAACCACCUCGCGGCGCUGUGGAGGGUGUACGCGCAGGCUGAUUCGCGAUGGGGAGGCGCCGACGCGACGGUCGUGAGCAUCGAGCUUCUGACGGUGCUCCUGGCCGGACCAGUGGCUGCGUACGUUGCGAUUUUGAUCGCGCGCGGGGAUGCGAGAGCAAGUAUCUGGAUGAUUGCGCUUGCGGUCGCGGAGUUGUAUGGCGGGUUCAUGACGUUUGCGCCGGAGUGGUUGACUGGAAGCCCCAGCUUGGAUACGAGCAAUUGGGUCUUUACAUGGGUGUACCUGUUCUUCUUCAACACGCUGUGGGUCUGGAUCCCGAUGUAUGCAAUUUACGUUUCGUACAAGGAUAUCUGCAAUGCCUUUGAUGUCCGCACAGAGGUCAUUGUCGCGAGCGAGCAGAAGCUGAAGAGGGAGGAGAGUAAGAAGGCGAGGUGAUGUGCGCCUGGUGCGUGUUGGAAUUAUUGGUGGAUGGCUAUAGUGCGUAAUGCAAUAGGUGUAAAUAUUUAUUGGGGAGAUAUAAUAUAUUGUGAAGAUA